AUGAAGGUGUGCGAGUUGCAGCAAUCGAAGCGAUGCUCGGCACCUUCAUGGUCGCUGCCUUACCCCACGUGGACGAGCGCAGCGACCAACAAGUCGUGCCUCCUCGCGCUCUGCAAGCUCCUCGCGUUCGCCAGCUUCUUUGCGAUCACGUUCUGA